AUGGAGAGCCGAAAGGACAUGGUUAUGUUUUUGGAUGGGGGUCAGCUUGGCACCCUGGUUGGCAAGAGGGUCUCCAAUUUGUCCGAAGCUGUGGGCAGCCCGUUGCCGGAGCCGCCCGAGAAAAUGGUGCCCCGUGGUUGCCUGAGCCCGCGGGCCGGCCCUCCAGCGGCCCGGGAGCGCGGCGGCGGAGGCCCGGAGGAGGAGUCCGUGGACGGAGUAGCAGGCAGCGCUGCGGGCCCGGGCGCCGAACCGCGAGCAUCCGGGGCGACUGUCCUCGGCCCAGGGCCCCCGGCCCCCUCCACAGACAGCCUCGCCGGCCAGGGGCAACCCAGCAGCUCGGACACCGAGUCGGAUUUCUAUGAAGAAAUCGAGGUGAGCUGCACCCCGGACUGCGCCACCGGGAACGCCGAGUACCAGCACAGCAAAGGACCCGGCUCCGAGGCACUGACCAGCAGUCCCAACAGCGGCAGCGAGGCCCCCAAGAGCAAUGGCGGUGGCGGAGGUGGUGGCUCGCAGGGCACCCUGUCCUGUAGCGCCAGUGAUCAGAUGCGCCGUUACCGCACGGCCUUCACUCGGGAGCAGAUCGCGAGACUGGAGAAGGAAUUCUACCGGGAGAAUUACGUAUCAAGGCCACGGAGGUGCGAGCUGGCAGCCGCCCUAAACCUUCCGGAAACUACCAUUAAGGUGUGGUUCCAGAACCGGCGUAUGAAAGACAAGCGGCAGCGGCUGGCCAUGACGUGGCCACACCCGGCGGACCCUGCCUUCUACACCUACAUGAUGAGCCACGCGGCGGCCGCGGGCGGCCUGCCCUAUCCUUUUCCGUCCCACCUGCCGCUGCCCUACUACUCGCCCGUGGGCCUGGGCGCCGCGUCCGCCUCGGCCGCUGCCUCGCCCUUCAGUGGCCCGCUGCGCCCGCUCGACACGUUCCGCGUGCUGUCGCAGCCCUACCCGCGGCCAGAACUGCUGUGCGCCUUCCGUCACCCACCGCUCUACCCGGGCCCCGCGCAUGGACUGGGCGCCUCGGCCAGCGGCCCCUGCUCCUGCCUCGCCUGCCACAGCGGCCCAGCCAACGGGCUGGCGCCCCGGGCCACGGCCACUGCCGCCUCGGACUUCACCUGUGCCUCCACCUCCCGUUCGGACUCCUUUCUCACCUUCGCACCCUCUGUGCUCAGCAAGGCCUCCUCCGUGGCACUGGACCAGAGGGAAGAGGUGCCCCUCACCAGAUAA